AGAACUCACAGGAGGAGAGUCAUCAGAUUUUCACAGUGUUCUUAAUGGGCUUUAUGAUUCUUCCAACAGACUUCUUGGAAGUGUAGACAAUGGAGGACGAGGAAAAACAACUCCUGAAUGAAAAGCAGGUGCCAAACUGUGAGAGUGGUUAUGUGUGGCAUGUCACCGAUAUGAAUCGACUGCAGCGUUUCUUAUGUUUUGGUUCAGAAGGUGGUACUUAUUACAUCAAGGAGCAGAAGCUGGGCUAUGGAAAUGCAGAAGCUUUAGUAAGACUGAUUGAAGAGGGUAGAGGUUGUGAAGUUGUUCAAGAAAUAAAGACAUUCAGUCAAGAAGGCAGAGCAGCAAAACAGGAACCCCUACUUUUUGCUCUUGCAAUUUGCUCACAGUGUUCUGAUGCAAAAACAAAACAAGCAGCAUUUAAAGCUGUUCCUGAGGUGUGUUGCAUACCAACCCAUCUCUUUACUUUCAUCCAAUUUAAAAAAGAUCUGAAGGAGGGCAUGAAAUGUGGUAUUUGGGGCCGUGCACUGAGGAAAGCUGUUGCAGAUUGGUACAAUGGAAAAAAUGGCAUGGCUGUUGCUUUAGCAGUUACAAAAUAUAAACAAAGAAGUGGUUGGUCUCAUAAAGAUCUUCUGAGGUUGUCCCACCUAAAACCUGCCAGUGAAGGAAUUGGUAUAGUCACUAAAUAUGUUACCAAAGGGUGGAAAGAUGUCCAAGAAGCUUAUAAAGACAAAGCAGUUUCUGCUGAGACUGAAAAACUCUUAAAGUAUCUGGAGGCUGUGGAGAAAGUAAAACGCACAAAAGAUGAAUUGGAAGUUAUUCAUUUAAUAGAGGAAUAUGGUCUAGUCAGAGAGCAUCUCCUGACAAACCACCUGAAAUCUAAAGAGGUUUGGAAGGCAUUGCUGAAGGAAAUGUCCAUUUCUGUAUUGUUGAGAAAUUUAGGAAAGUUGACAGCAAAUUCAGUGCUUGAACCACGAGGUUCAGAAGUGGCAAUAGUAUGUGAAAGACUGAGAAACGAGAAACUGCUAAAAAAGGGUAGAAUACAUCCAUUCCAUGUCUUGGUUGCAUUAGAAAGCUAUAAAGCUGGGCAUGGAAGCAGAGGAAAGCUUUGGUGGCGUCCUGAUGAAGACAUUUUAGAAGCCUUAGAUGCCUCAUUUUACAAAACAUUCCAGACAGUUGAACCAACAGGAAAACGCUUCUUACUUGCAGUUGAUGUCAGUGCAUCAAUGACACAAAAAGUUUUGGGCAGUGUACUCAGUGCUAGCACAGUUGCAGCAGCAAUGUGUAUGGUUGUGGCACGUACAGAGAGGGAUUCCCAUAUAGUUGCCUUUUCGCAUGAAAUUGUGCCCUGCCCAGUGACGACUGAUAUGACGUUGCCUCAAGUAUUAGUGAAAAUGUAUGAAAUUCCGGUGGGCACCACUGAUUGUUCCCUUCCAAUGAUAUGGGCUCAAAAAACACAGACAGCUGCUGAUGUCUUCGUUGUAUUUACCGAUAAUGAGACUUUUGCUGGAAAUACUCAUCCUGCAACAGCUCUUAGAGAGUACAGAGAGCAAAUGGGUAUUCCUGCUAAGCUGAUUAUUUGUGGAAUGACCUCAAAUGGCUUUACGAUUGCUGAUCCAGAUGACAAAGGCAUGUUGGAUAUAUGUGGCUUUGAUACAGGAGCUCUUGAUGUUAUUCGAAACUUCGCUUUGGAUUUGAUCUAAUUUUCUAGGCAUCUUCUCUUCCCUGUGGGUCCAUUGCUGGCAACAGACUACACCCUGGGAGCUCCUAGCCAAAUAUACUUCAUUAGAAUAUGGCACAUUAAAUACAUAUCAGAAUGUUACCUUUUUGUCAAGGGAAAACAAGAAAAGCAGAUGAGAAAUCUCUUUUCUCUUUUUUUCCUGUUCUACACAAUUUAAAGUAACAGUGGGAAGUUUGAUAAAAGUAACUACAGGGUUACACAAUAUAUAAUUUAAUUUCAUUUAUAAUAGAUUAUAAGUACUGAGAGACUUUUAAUUCCCCCCUCCCUGCUUCCAACCUCACCCCUCCCUUCCCCCAUUGCUGUGGAAUGGUUUGUUUGCAAGAAGAUACUGACUUACUGUUAGGAUGGGGCAGAAAAACAAAAAGUGGGGUUAGUAUUUUUAGUAAUGUCAGUAAAGUCAGUAACUUCAUUGAGAGGGAUUUUUCUUUGGUCUGUUUGUCAGUCUUUGUGUUUUAAACAAAUACUAAGUUUCAACAGUUUCCAUUGUUACACUUCAGAUCUACAAAAGUAUUUUCUGGCACAUACGAGACCAUGUGACUGUGACGCAGUAUAAAAGCUGUCCAGUGAAAUUUUAUACUGAUGAAACUGAAAGUGGAAGAGUUUAUGCUAAUCAUUUUCCUAUCUAGAUUAUCAUCCUAGUUUUCAGGAGUAAAGUGUAAUUCUCUGUAGGUAAAUUGAGGUGUGGUUUCAGAAGCACUAUUUUUAAAUUAAUAUGAUUUACAGGAAGUUCUAAGAACUCUUCUUACUAGAAAAAGACCCUGGAAAUGGCUUAGAAGCUACAUUCAGUCCAUCUUAUAACUUCAGAAAGCAACAGCACACUUUCAGUGAGAAAGAUCAACAACUGCAUGUGUCUUGGAGUGCUCUUGAAAGCUGAUUGGUAACAACCAGAAACAAAAAGCUACAUUUUUUCCAAGACAACAUAUUCAAUGAUGCAGAAAAAAUCUUCCUAACAGGAGAGUAUUUCAUUUUUUGAAAUCUUUUUGUAGAUAAAUAUCACUUCUGGUUUUCUUAAAUUAAUUCAAGCUUACAUUUUUCAAAACUACCUCCACUUUAUAGUGACCAAUUCUAAAAACUUCUAUGAAAUGUACAGCUGCCUCUUUCAUGUUCUCAAAGUCUUGCUUGGGAAGUGGUUGAAACUGGAUUUUUUUAUUUUAUUUUUUUUAGUUUAAUAUAGUGUGAGUUAAGUAAGGAGAAAGCUAGUGAAAAACUUACCACUUCGGAACAGGAAUUAAUAGCAAUUCAUGUGUAUAUGUAUGUAAUUCUCUGUGGUUUUAUAUAUGUGUGUAUAGGGGGGAAGUUAAAAGAUCUCUUUAGUAGGUCACAAUCUUAGAAGAUGGGAAAAGUUUUUAGUGAUGCUUUUACAACUUCCCCUAAGACAUGCACACGUCAACCUCUUUUAUGCUAAUUCUGGCUGUUUUAAACAGUGAAUUUGACGUUAAUU